AUGUCCCUUUUCCCUUACAAGCAAUAUUUUUGGUUUCUCUCUUCAAGUCUCAUACACAUCGUCUGCUUCUUUUGCCAGGUAAGAGCAGAAGAUGUUGCUGCUCGAGUGGAAAGCAUCUUGGAUGAGCUAAGAGCAUCGAGGAAUGAGGUUUCGACACUCCAAAACAAAUUGGCGAUGCUGAAAGCAUCUGCUGCCAAGGAGAAGGCCAUCACUGUCGGAACAUCUAAUAUCAGAUUUAUCAUCGAGAACAUGGGCGACACGGACUUUGAUGCGCUUAAGAGUGCAGCUGAGUUCCUGAUUGAUUCGCUGCAAGAUCCUGCAGCUGUGGUUUUGGGGUCAUGCCCGGGCGAAGGGAAGGUGAGUUUGGUUGCAGCAUUUAGUCCUGGUAUUAUUGGGAUUGGACUCCAUGCUGGGAAAUUCAUAGGAAGCAUAGCUAAGAUUUGCGGAGGCGGCGGAGGUGGAAGGCCUAACUUCGCUCAGGCAGGUGGAAAGAAACCUGAGAAUUUGCCGGAUGCGCUCGAGAAAGCUCGAUCAGAGCUCAUCGCUGCUUUCACUGAUAUGAAAUAGGUGAAAUUUGGAGUAAAGUUGCAAUUCAACUUAUCUUGCAUUAUUGUUCAUGAUGUCCUGAAGAUUUAUGUGGUUUCAAAGUUAUUGCUCAGUGUAACAUAUAUAAAAUAUAGUAUAAUAUCAUAUUACCCAUAGUUUGUGUACAU